UUAAAACAUCAGAGCCGUUGCACCGAUUCAUUCAGCAGCAGCAGGGAGGAAGUAGCCAGGAAGUCACGGAACCCCGAGCUUAUUACACCUAUUCUGGACCAGAGACAUGGCUUCAAAUAAUGGCUCCGUCGGCAAGUGGGAAGUAGUGAAGAAAGGGAAGAAGAAUAGCAACUCGGGAGGAGGCAAGAAUCCGAAUGACAAGAAAACUGUCAACGGGGGGAGGAAAGCCCUGGGCGAAUCCAACCAGCCAUCCAGACCACCCCUGAAGAUGUCAGAGACUCUGUAUGACGGCUUCGAGAAGAUGGCAAAGAAACAGAACAAGGAGCAGGUACCACCACCAGCUGAGCCGGAGAGCAAGAAGCCAUCAUCAAACAAAUCCGCCAAGAAAUCAAGCCCCAGCAAUACAGCCACCCCACCAACACACAGGACUCUGGAGGAAUCCUUCAAAGCUCUGGAUGUUGCAGACCUGAAGCAGCAGUUGGCUCGAAGUCAGACCCUUUUCCCAGAAAACCCAUCAGUGUGGGUCAAAGACCUGGCAGGGUAUCUCAACCUCAAUCUGACUGCACCAGAAACUGAGCCCACACUCAGCAGCUACACACACGAUUACCCAUACUGCCUUACGGGGAAAGAGCUGAAGACCGUAAUCAAAGGCCUGAUUGGACGUUGCGGUGACAUCCUGCCAGAUUUCUUCGACCACUGUGUUUAUACUAUGCUCAGGGAGAUGGACAAACCAUCAGGAGAACCUCUGCAUGGCUACAGAGUUUGCAUUCAGGCCAUCCUACAGGACAAACCCAGAAUAGCAACCCAAAACCUGCCAGAGUAUUUGGAGUUGCUGCGGUCAGUUCAGAAUCGACCAGUGAAGUGUUUGACCAUCAUGUGGGCACUGGGCCAGGCGGGAUUUUAUGACCUCAGUCAGGGACUAAAAGUGUGGCUGGGUAUCAUGCUUCCUGUGCUGGGAGUGAAGUCCUUGUCUUCAUACGCCAUUGCAUAUCUGGAGAGACUUCUUCUGCUUCAUGCAAACCUGACGAAGGGGUUCGGCAUCAUGGGCCCUAAAGAGUUCUUCCCUUUACUAGAUUUUGCCUUCAUGCCCAAGAAUGCCCUUUCAUCAAGUCUGCAGGAACAGCUGAGGCGUCUGUACCCUCGACUGAAGGCCCUCGCGUUUGGAGCCAAACCUGAGAGCACAUUACACACAUACCUGCCAUCGUUCCUGUCCAGAGCCACGCCACACUGUCCGGAUGACAUGAAGAGAGAGUUGCUCAGCAGUAUGACGGAGUGUUUGUGCGUGGAUGUGCAGAGUCUCGGAGUGUGGAGGCAGCUCUAUACCAAACACUUACCACAGUCCAGCCUGCUGUUGAACCAUUUAUUAAAAUCCUGGAAUAUCCUGCCACCAAAGCUCCGGAAGAAUCUAGAAGAAACAAUCCAGUCUUUCAGAGUGACUAACGAGGAGAUGAAGGACACCAUCGAAACUCAGGAACUUCAGGAGUGCAAUAGCCUGUGCCAGAAUCUGCAGGUAAAGAUGCGUGGUCAUGGCUUACCCUGGUCCAAACUGCUCAUGGUCCUGCUCGUGUUUGCUGCUGGUUUCAUCGCUCAUGACAUCAGAUCCCAGGGCUCCUUUGCAGAUUCCACCACAGCCAGGCAUCUGCGUAACUCAGGGGUCACAGCGGUAUCCCAGCAGGCCUGGGGGAAAAUAACAGUGUACUCCAAACAGGGCUUCAGCUGGUUGGAGACAAAUACCCCUCAUUAUUACUCUCAGUGUGUGCGGGUAAUGGGUCCACUCAUGGAACAGGGUUUAGAAAAGGCAAAAACAGCAGCCGUCGUCAUCUCUGAAAACACAUCACAGUUUAUUCUCUGGGUCAAAGAAAAGGCACCGCUCACAAUAGAAUGGAUAAACACAAACACCCCAGACAGUGUGUUCCAGCUGUUGGCUUAUAUAAAGGAGCUCCUCCUCCUCCUCCAUCAGAACUACAUCCUACCAGCACUGUCAUACAUCUCUGAGCUGCUACAAAGAGCAUGGACCAACCUACAGGACUCCUGCAACGGUGAGGUGUCAGUAUCCUGUCUGCAGGAGCACGCCGUGUCCUUCACCAACUCAACGUGGCAGCUGCUCCAACACACGACCUCUGCCAUCAAGACGUGGGCUCAGGAGCUUCUGACACGAGCAUGAUAACAUCAGUGACACUCAUUUACACACGCACACGCGCACACACACACACACACACACACACACACACACACACACACACACACACACACACACACACACACACACACACACACACACACACACACACACACACACACACACACACAGUUCCAGUCACACACACAGACACACACUCACUGACCCAAUCUGAGACGGCCUUUCCGAGCGUCAGCUCUCCUCUGAAGCCGCGAUUGGAUGCUGUGGGGUCAGACAAAUGAACUGUCUCUCAAACAGGACCCUUCUAUCUCUUGUUUUGGCUAAAUUUUUUAAAUCAGUUUGCUGUUGCAUAGAUGUUUUUUUUCUACCAAUCCUUUUGUCACUGCUGGAUGCAGAGGUGUUUUUUCUCUCUCUAUCCCUGAGUUUUCUACUGCAGAUGUCCGCUGUUGCUUUAACCUUUUGGGUUAAACAAACUAAUUUAUAGAAAAUGUAGGUUUGUAGAUGAUUUAUAAACCAUUUUUAUUUAAAGAUAUAAAAAGUAUUAUGUGAAAACUUAGUAAAAGGGCAGGGAAAAGACCAAAAAAACAUAUUCCAGACUUCUCAAAGCCACAAACCUCAUCACAUAAAUUCAGCUUCAUCUCCCGAUAUUUAUCCAACACUGUGGAUUCAUCUGCGGUGUUGUUGUGUGCGUCAGGCCCAUUAACGCGUUCAUUAAACCUCACAAUGCAAGACCUUUAACAAGACAUGUUGGAAAACAGGUCACAUCUGAUGGUCAUUUCACUCCCGGAAGAAUGGAGUGGACAGUGUUACCGAAUACAGGAUACAAGAAGUCACACAUGAAUCAAAAAAGUUCAAGAACUUGAAGAUAAAGAAGAAAUCUAUCUUUUGUCUCGUCUAAUGUGCACAUUUUCUCGUCUACUCUUCGCUGCUUCAUGAUCUGUCUGCUGUCUCUUGUGCUUUUUCUUUUGCCAUCAGUAGCUCUAAUCCAGAGCUAAAAGCAGCACUGCAGUCAUGUACUCAUACUUGAAGGCUGAUAUUCUCUGUGUGUUUGUGUGCGUGCGUGCUUCUGUGGCUCAACACAUAGAUUCCCAAUGAUGGGAUCGUGAUUAACCCCAUGCCAACAUCCUCCAAUAUGAAGAAUAAAUUAGAAUGAACCCCUCCACUGGUCAAAGCAAGCAUUUCAGACCAGAUGAUUCAUGAAACCCUGCUUUAAAGAAAGAUAUAUGGAUGGAUGCAUUUGGCAAUGACUCAUGUCUUACUUUGUAAUGUAAAUGAUUUAUAAUAAAGACUUCAACCCAA